AUGAGCGGCCCACCACCCAAACCCUCCACAGUCACGGAAUUCAUCUACUUCCGACUCAAACCGUCGGUCAAGCCGGAAGAUGACGGCGGCCAGAACCGCGAGGGCGAGCAGCUACUCGAUCUAUUCCGCGAAACGAUGCUUCAAAGCGGCCAUUUGGGGUCUGCUUGGGGUCGGACUUUGGAGGACGAGAAUAAUCUUGUCUGGGUAAUUGAAUGGGCCGAUGCCACCAAUUCCAUCCAAACAAGCCGUCUCGAACCAUUCAUCGAUAACGCCGGCGACAGCCAGAGCGACCCGACGAAACUUAUCACCUUUUUCACAUCCCUCAGCCCGCCCAUCUCGACAACGGAGACAUUGACCAAGAACCCCGUAACCGAGCUCGCCACCUUUGCAAUCCCGGAUGACAUCGCUGCCAAAAGCCACACCCAGCUCAACAUCGACCUGAACAACUUCAGGGACGCGCUGGUACACAGAGUGCAGCCGGCAGAUAUCAAGCCCGUUUCAUGGUCCAUGGGUCAGGUUGAGCGCCCGACUACGUUCGACCACCCAGACAGUAGUGCCACGGGUAAAGCGUUUGCGUAUUUGUUGGCGGUGGGGUGGCAGUCCAAGGACAAGCAUUUAGCUGCGAGGGAUACAAAGGAGUUCAAGGAUACCAUUGUUCCGCUCAGACAAGUGGCAUUGUCGCCUCUCAAAGGACUGGAGAUGCGUCAUAUUACAUUCCAGAGAAUUGGAUUUUGA